GUCGUGGGGUGUACUCAUGUGUCAUCGCUGGCCCUCGUCAGCUGUGCCGCAUGAUAACGCCUUCACGAGCGUUUGUAAAGGUGAUCAUGAAGCUGGAUACCAAUACAGGUCGAAGCAUGGAUUUGGUAGCUGAACAACUUGUUUGCCAUUCUCCUGUCGGUGUUCAUGUUCCACCCUCGCUGUCCCCACCAGCCGCAGUGUGUCCGCCAACAUAGGUGUUCGGUGGCCACGGUGGGAGCAAGAACUCGGCUUUACCACAUUCUCGUACCAGGAGGCACAUGCAAGGCUUCAUGUUUCCCGCCUGUAGUAGGUCCAGCCACAACACACAGCCACCGGUCGCAUCCACUGUCCUUCUCUUCGGUCCCUUCCAUCCUUUACGUUCGCUGCACCCCACGGUCGCUUCCUACCCCUUACGACAUAGCUCGCCGCUACCGGUACAAGACUACUUGCUACUAGCCGCUCGCCCCUACCACACGCUCUUGCACCCCGCUUCCACUCCACUUACACUACUCGUACAAUA